UAGGUCAGGGAUCUACGCCAAGAGGGUGGUGGUGGAUGCAAGGCACCACAUGCUGGGAAGGCUGGCUUCCAUUUUGGCCAAGGAGUUGUUGAACGGCCAGAAAGUGGUCGUCGUUAGAUGCGGAGAGAUUUUCAUGUCUGGUGGUCUGGUCAGGCAGAAGAUGAAGUACAUAAGGUUCUUGAGGAAACGCAUGAACACUAAGCCCUCUCAUGGUCCCAUCCAUUUCCGUGCUCCUUCUAAGAUUCUCUGGCGUACCAUUCGUAAGAUGAUUCCUCGCAAGAACAAGCGUGGAGUAGCAGCUCUUGCAUGAUUGAAGGUGUAUGAGGGGGUUCCAGCUCCUUACGAUAAGACGAAGAGGAUGGUUAUUCCUGAUGCUCUCAAGGUUUUAAGGCUUCAGAAAGG